UGUCCGCCCCAAGCGUGUCCCCGCCCCCGGCCAUGGCCCCGCUGCCGGCACAAAGGGGCGGGGGCAGGAAACGGCGGUUCCUCCUCGGGCUUGGCCCUGCCCCCGGGGCCUCUCGCAGGGGGGUUAGGAGACGUGGGGAAGCCAGUGUAGCAGCUCCCCCAGCCCCUGCUCCCCGGAGGGUGUCAGCUGGAUUCCAGCCGCUGCAGCCAGUUCCGGGGCUGGUGACCUUCGCGGAGGUGGCUGUGUAUUUCACCAGGGAAGAGGGGGCUCUGUUGGACCCCACUCAGAGAGCCCUCUACAGAGGCGUCAUGCAGGAGAACUAUGAGACUGUGACCUCACUGGGGUUUCCAGUUUCCAAACCCUAUGUGAUCUCCCAGCUGGAAGGAGGGGAAGAGCCGUGGGUCCUGGAUCUCCCUGGCUCAGAGGAAAGUGAGAUCCUGAGAAGUCCCUGCACAGCAGGUGAUGGGGUGGUGAGGGAGAAUGAGGAGCAGAAUCCUCACCAGGAAGAUGCUGAGCUAGCCCGAGCAGAUGGGGAAUUACUGCGAAGAUCCAAAGGGAAUGUGUCCGGCCCCCGUGAGCAGGGAAAAACUGGUGAAAGAUAUCACAGACCAGAGAGAGAGCAGGGAAACCACUCAGAGGAUAGAGUGGAUGAACCCAUUAAUUGUCAGGAAACUCACAAGGAUUUCAAGGAAACUACAUCCCAGGAGAAAAUCCUCACGGAAAAGAGAGAGAAUACAUGCAGUGAGUGUGGGAAAAACUUCAAUUACCGCUCAGCCCUUAUUCGCCAUGAGAUAAUCCACACGAAAGAGAGACCCUACGAAUGCUAUGAGUGUGGGAAAAGCUUCAAUCAUACCUCAGCCCUUAUUAGACAUCAGCGAAUACACAGAGGAGACAGACCUUAUAAAUGCUGUGAGUGCGGGAAAAGCUUCACUCAGAGCUCAGACCUUUCUGCCCAUCAGAGAAUCCAUACGGGGGAGAGACCCUAUGAAUGCAGGGAGUGCGGGAAAAGCUUCAAUCAUCGUUCAGCCCUUAUCUCUCAUCAGAGAAUACACACCGGAGAGCGACCUUACGAAUGCUAUGAGUGCAGGAUAAGCUUCACUCAGAGAUCAGCCCUUCUCUCUCAUCACAGAAUCCACACAGGAGAGCGACCCUACGCAUGCUCUGAGUGUGGGAAAAGCUUCACCCGAAGCUCAAACCUUACUACGCAUCAGAGGAUCCACACAGGAGAGAGACCCUAUGAAUGCAGUGAGUGCGGGAAAAGUUUCACUGACAUCUCCUCCCUUAUCUCUCAUCAGAGAAUCCACACGGGAGAGAAACCCUAUGAAUGUUGUGAGUGUGGGAAAAGCUUCUCUCAGAGCUCAACCCUUAUUACACAUCACAGAAUCCACACAGGACACAGACCCUAUGAAUGCUGCGAGUGUGGGAAAAGCUUCUCUCAGAGCUCAGGCCUUCUCUAUCAUCAGAGAAUCCGUAAAGGAGAUAAACUCCAUAAAAACCUUCUCUAGAGCUGUCAGAAGAUUUUUUUUCUAAAUUAUUUUGAGAGUUUGCAUCUUUUGCACACUGUAGUCCCUCAGCUCCCACACGAGUUGCCCACUUUUGAAGCUCGCCCGUUUUUGGAUCCUGUGGUCCUUUCUGUCAACUCCAUUGUCCUGCAAGUCAUGGGAGUGUGUGUCCUUUCUACCAGGAAUGUCCAUCACCCCAAGUGAGGGAGAUGGGGGUGUCUUUAGCCAGCUACAUAGAGGUAAAAUCUACCUGGGCCUCAUCACUGUGAUUUCCAUGGUGUUAACUAGCUUGUUUGCUUUCCUGAUGUAAAAACGCAGCUAUUCUUGCAGUAAAAACAUGGGCCAUGGAUAGUGCAUGGGGUUUUCUAGUACAUUUCCUCCUGAUCUGCCUAACCACCAUCACAUUUCUUUGUCUAAACAAACCUGGAGAUUGACAUUUAUACUCCUCCUCCCAGUGCAAAGAUAUUGUUUGAGUCGUCAAGUUUCUCUUUGAGGACAGAUUGUCUCAUUCCCAGUUGUUCUCACAUUAUCCUGGAUUGUGCAGAACAGCAGUUAUUUUGUUGACUUUUUUUCUUUAUUUAAAUAUAUUUAAAUAUAACAAAGAGUGAGAGCAGCAUCAGGGAAAUGUGUCAUUUCAGGUUCGAUGACACUGGAAGGAGGUGGGCUGACUCAGAGAUUCCCUCCUUCCCCAUCACCCCAGAACUGUUACCUUGUGUCUGAGCCAUGCAGAGUUCACUCCUUCAUAUUCCUUCACUUCCCAAAGUGUCCAGUGAAGUCGUGUUCUUGGCUGUCCAUGCUUGGGAAUGGUGCUUGAACGUCUUUGAUCCUAAAUCAGAGUCAGUCUGGCAGGAGAUGAAAGUGUCACAGCCUUGGAAGGGGAUUUCAAAUGGAUCCAAAGCACUGUUCAAAUCCCCUUUUCCCUCUAUUGGCAAAGCCACUUCUGGGAAGGUUGGCUGUUUUUUCCACCCAUUAUGAAGGUGCUAAAACUUACGAGACAGUGCUGGGUGAAGCAGGUUUCAGUGGAUCAUGGGAGAAUUCCUCAUCCUGAUUCUGAGACAUCAGAUGUAACUUAGUCUGGAAUUUCACUUUAAAUUAAAAUGAAAGUGUCUCUA